AGGGCAUCUUUUUUUAUUUUCUUUAUACGAUGAGUGCCAUGGAUAUUUCAGACGAUUCCAAUAAUCCUACUAUUGUCUCCAAUGCACAAAGUAGUUCAGGACUUUCAAUAUCAGUUCAUCCUUUAGUGUUGCUGAAUAUUUCUGAUCACUAUACACGUACAAAGCUACAGACGCCCGCGGCUAUCGAGAAUGGUAGAAUGUAUGGUGCCUUGCUCGCUUCCCAAUCAGGUCGAGACAUUGAUAUCGUUAAUUCAUUUGAUCUUCCAUUAGCCACUGAGGGUAAAGAUAAUGUUGUUCUCGAUGUCACGUUUUUAUCUUACAAGCUAGACCAAUUGAAGCAAGUGUUCCCCACACUUGAUUUUAUGGGCUGGUAUUCACUCGGAACCACACCUACCGAAGCCGAUCUUAAACUUCACGAGCAGUUUCUUCGAGUCAACGAGUCAGCCUUGUUUUUACAGAUGGAUCCAAACGCGUUAACAGGCGGAGAAAGAGAAUUCCCAGUAGACAUUUACGAAUCCAUCAUUGACAUAGUAGAUGAAAGUGUGCGACCUGUUUUUAUCAAAUCCACGUAUAAGGUUGAGACGGGCGAGGCGGAAUGUAUUGCUGUGGAUCAUGUGGCCAAACCUAGUUCUUCCAGCAAAGACACAGGAUUAGGAAGCACUUUGAUUGCUCACUUGACCACGCAGAGAAACGCUAUCGCUAUGUUAAAUUCAAGAAUUCAAUUCCUUUAUCAAUAUUUACAGGAUACCAAAUCUGGCGUAAUACCCGUCGACCAUGAUAUCAUCCGUCAGAUAUCCAGUCUUUGUAGAAGAUCGCCUAUAUUAGAGAAAAAGGCAUUUGAUGACCAAUUCUCUACAGAGUACAAUGAUGUACUUUUAGUAGCUUAUCUUGCAUCCAUCACAAAAGGGUUAAAUACUGUAAAUGACCUUGUGGACAAGUUUAACCUUGUUAAUGGCGGAAAUGGGUCUUCUCAAAACAAACCCAUAUCAGUCAGCAGAAAAGGAAGACGUAUGAAUACCUCAAGACAUUAAAUAAAAAGUUUAAAAUGAAGUUUAUUAUCAA